AUCCUGUUAGCUCCCUGCAGGCAGCAGCCAGGGAGAUCCCAGCAGAUCGGUGCAGGCUGCGCCACGUCUCCACACCAUCGGCAUGCACCACCGCCUGUAGCUUCACAGGAUGUUUAACUGGGUGGUGAAAGUGGUUCCUCAACCUGCUGAAGCUCCAGGAGCGGCUGAAGCUGCCAGGACCGCUGCUGCUGAGCCUGUGAAGAACAAGGAAGUUAAGAAUGCGUCUGUGAAAAGCCCGGAGGACGGUUCAGAGGACGGUCAGAGCAACAGUGGAGUCAUUGGCUGGCUGUCCAACGGCUUCGUCAGCGCUCUGCCCCAACCUCCUGGAUCUCCUCUGCUCAAGGGCUCCAACGCAGAUCCCAGGUCAGGAGAGGAUGGAGACAGGACGGGCGUGAUGGGCUGGGUCACUCAGGGUCUAACCAAGGUUCUGCCUCAGCCUGAGGAGAAAUACAGAGAGGUGACGGAGACCCAGAACACCACAGAGGAGCACACUGAGGUGUAUGAGGUGGCAACAUUACCAGAUUAUGAUCCUCUUCCUCACAUCCCUGUGGUGGAUGUAGUGUCCGAGGAUGAAGAGUCGGAGGCGGAGACUGUGACUCCCCAGUUUCCUCCUAAAGUGGUGAACUGGAUAAAGCAGAUCAUCCCUCAGCCAGUGAUUCCGCCCCCUGGUGGCGUUCCUACAGAACCUCCAGCAAAAGCCUCACACUCGUCUUUGGACAAAGUUCUGUCUCCUCCACCUGAAUCUCUCAGUGGAAUCUCACUGGACACGGAAAGCAGGGCUUCUGGAGUGGUGGACUGGUUUGUGUCAGGACUGGGUCUGAGGAUGCCUCAGCUUGUUCUUCCACCCAAAGAUGAAGCUGAGGGUGCGACUGAAGUGCUGCAGAAAGCUUCAUCCAGACUGAAUCCUGACAUGGUGCUGGAGGACGUGGAGUCAGAUAAUGAGGGCCAGCAGACGUGUGAAGAUGCCACCAGAGCUGCAGCAGAGCUGAGUCCAGGGCCAGUCCCAGCGCAGCAGCAGCAGGAGGAGAAGAUGAUGGAGAAGAUGGAGGAGAAGGAGGAGAAGGAGGAGACGGAGAAGAUGGAGGAGACGGAGGAGCCUGCAAACACACAGUCCAGCUCUGCACAGGGUCCGGGGAACGCCGACACCAACCUGGAGGCGCCAUCUUUAGUUAGCGUUACGAAAGCAUCCCAGGAAGACGCUGAGACGCAGACGGGCCGCUGGACUCCGUUUAUUGAAAGCAUCAAGAAGGAGGCUGAAGGUGUUGCUUUGGCCACCAUGGAGGAACGUCUGCUGCAGGAGCGCAUGGAGAUGGCCCGCCUGGCUGAGGAGGUGGCCCGGCAGACCGCAGAGAUGGCGGUCCGACAGCUGACCAGUGAGGGAACCUCCAUCAAGCUCUCCCUGGAGAGCCAGGAGCUGCUGGAGGAGCCUGAGGCUGAGCUGCCGGAGGCACCAGGAGGAGACAGCAAGGUGGAGCAAGGAGAGGACCCAGAAAAGGAAGACACUUUAGUCCAGGACGAGCCGGAAGCAGAAGCUGAGGAGACAACCAUCAAGGAAGCAGAAACACCCGCUCCGCAGCAGGAGACCUCCACCUCUCCACCACCAGCAAAGAAUUCUGAGUCAGAACCAGCACCAGAACCGGAUCCCAAGAACCAGGAGGCCGGAUCAGAGGCUGUGACCCAGCAGCCUCAGAAGGCCGAGGACACUGCAGCAUCUAACACAGAGCAGGCUGCAGAAAAAGAUGAAGACGGUUCUGGUGACGGCUGUGGAGCUCCAGUCAGCUGCGAUUCGCUUAAGAACUGCCUGAUGCGCUUCCCUCCCACCUCCGAGUGCUUUGGCAACAUCAACGCGUUCUUCAAAGAGAACGGCAUCUCUCCUCCUAAAAUCCCCCCCAUGCCUAAGCUCCCCACGCGGCUCUCUGACGUCACCAGGCUCCUGCCCUCCCUGCCCCCUGAGCUACGCCACGAGUUCUCCCAGAUCCGGCUCACGCAGGUCCCACGCAGCGUCGCCCAGACCCUCACUGAGCUUCUGCCCAGAGGAGCGGAGGCUUCCCCGGGGCCCGGCCUGUCCGGCCUCGCUCACAGCCUCUCCACCGUCCCACAGAAGCUGUCUCAGUUUCCCAGACGAACUCAGGAGAGCUUCCUAAACAUCCGCAACCGCCUCAACAGCCUUAUGCCACAAGAUGCUAAGAAACAACAACAGCAGCAGAAGCAGAGGGACUUAGAACUGAACCAUCUCAUGCAACACUCACCUCACCCUCACCUGAGCUCUCGCUCCCCCUCCCCCUCCUCACCUAGCGGUAGCACCCUCGAGCUGCCCAACGUGCCCUCCUACCCCCGCCUGCCGCCCAUCGCCAGCCCGCCAUCCAAGCAGCUCCAUCCGCUGCCCCGCCGGCUGUCUGGCCUCUCCAACCCAGCCUUCUUCAUCGAAGACGACUCAGACGCUCCUGCAGAGAGCUUCAGCCUCCGUCCAGCUGUAAACGUAGAGGAUGUUGACCACCAGAGAGCAGGAGAGGAGCAGAGCGACGCGUCCCACAUCCUCACCCCUCAGGACCCCAAACUUACAACCCUGACUGUCCCUGUGGCCCCAGCAGGAGGCCGCCAGAGUAAAGGGGAUAAAGAUGCUCUUUCCUGUGACUCCUGGACUAACAUGAUGUUUUCCCCUCUGGUCCACCCACCUGGACCACUGACCUUCUACCACAGUGGUGGGAGGAACCGCAGGAGCAUCUGGACCAAGAUCAGAAACAAACAUUCCCAGAGUGAAGAUGAUGAUGAUGAAGAAGUGAGCAUCCCAGUGAGAGCCUGGCCCAGCGAGUCCAGCCUGCACUGCUCUGAGGACACGCUCAGGGAGCGUCCAGCCUCGGCUGCCAGUCAGACCAGUGCGGUGGUCAAUGAACGACUUCAGGAACUCGUCCGGAUGUUCAAAGAGAGAACAGAGAAGGCAAAGGAGAAACUCAUUGACCCAGACAGCUCAGACGCAGAAAGCGUCAUCACCUCUCCUCCUCAGCCCGCUCCUGAAGCCCCCCCCUUGGAUGAAGAAGAUGAAGGUAUGAAAGGAGCUUCGUCCGUCGAUGAAGAGGAGAGACGGGGCGUGGAGAGCAGGGCAGAGGAGGAAGCAUCUGGAGGCUGCUGCAGGGUGAAAUCCACUCCAUGGGUCCCGGCCUGUUUGCACCUGCGCUUCCCUGCCAGCAUCGACCCCUUCACCAACAUAAUGUACGUGCUGUGGAUGUUCCUGGUGUCUCUGGCCUGGAACUGGAACGUCUGGCUCAUCCCGGUCCGCUGGGCCUUCCCCUACCAGACCCCUGAUAAUAUCUACUACUGGCUGGUGACCGACUACGUGUGCGACCUCAUCUACAUCCUGGACAUCGCCGUUUUCCAGCCACGCCUGCAGUUUGUUUGUGGAGGGGACAUAGUGAGUGACAAGAAGGAAAUGAGGAAGAAUUACAUGAAAACCAAACGCUUCAAGUUUGACGUAGCCAGCCUUGUUCCACUGGAGCUGUUUUAUUUUAAAACAGGCAUCAACCCUCUGCUGCGUUUACCUCGCCUGCUGAAGAUCAACUCCUUCUUUGAGUUUAAUGAGCGCCUGGAGGCCAUCUUGACCAAAGCUUACAUUUACAGGGUGAUCCGGACCACCACGUAUCUCCUGUACUGCCUGCACUGCAACGCCUGCCUCUACCACUGGGCCUCCUCCUACAUCGGGCUGGGAGCCACCCAGUGGGUGUACAACGGUGUCGGCAACAGCUACAUCCGCUGCUACUACUUUGCAGUGAAAACUCUGAUCACCAUCGGAGGCCUGCCAGAUCCCACCUCCCUGUUUGAGAUCGUCUUCCAGCUCAUUAACUACUUUGUUGGCGUCUUUGCCUUCUCCAUCAUGAUUGGUCAGAUGCGGGACGUCGUCGGCGCCGCCACGGCAGCUCAGACCUACUACCGCACCUGCAUGGACAACACCAUCAAAUACAUGACGUCCUACCGCAUACCAAAAGAAGUCCAGAAUCGUGUCAAAACCUGGUACAACUACACCUGGCAGUCGCAGGGCAUGCUGGAUGAGCAGGAGCUUCUGACCCAGCUGCCAGACAAGAUGCGUCUGGACAUCGCUGUGGAUGUCAACUACUCCAUUGUGAGCAAAGUUCCUCUCUUCCAGGGUUGUGACAGACAGAUGAUUUUUGACAUGCUGAAAAGUCUGCGUUCUGUCGUCUACCUGCCUGGAGACUAUGUCUGCAAAAAGGGCGAGGUGGGCCGCGAGAUGUACAUCAUAAAAGCGGGGGAGGUGCAGGUGGUCGGAGGACCUGAGGAGAGGACGGUGUUUGCCACUCUCAGAGCAGGAUCCGUCUUUGGAGAGAUAAGUCUACUGGCAGUGGGUGGAGUCAACAGGCGCACUGCCAAUGUGAUCGCUCAUGGAUUCGCCAACCUGUUCAUCCUGGACAAGAAAGACCUGAAUGAGAUCCUGGUCCACUACCCCGAGUCAAAGAAACUGCUGCGCAAGAAAGCCAGAAAGAUGCUUAAUAAGGGGAAAAAACCCGAACCCAAAAAAGAGGCUAAGGAACCGCCUCAGGUACCGGUGGCUCCUCUGAGGCCGGAGACUCCCAAGCUGCUCAGAGCAGCUCUGGAGAUGACUGAGAGAUCUUCAGGACUAAGAGGAGCUCUGGCCAAAGUCAAAGAGAAGACCAACAAGUCCAGUAUCUCGUUACAGCGUUCCCGCUCUGCCUCUUUACGUCCUCCCUCUCCUGCCCUCAGCUCUGGGCCUGAAAGGGCCGAGGACUCGCCGACCUCCAUCUCUGCCAGCUCCACCACGCUGCGCUCUGCGUCUCGUAGCUGCAACCCUGAAGAUCUUCCUCCUGCAGAGCUCCACGGCGACACGGUCAGAACGGACGAUAGUGAAGAUGAGUGGGAUGGAGGGGGGAGAGGGAAAGAGAGGAAGAUGUGAAAAGUGUUCCAGAUCAAAGGUUGGAGAGGAGAAAAGUUUCUGUGCUCCAACCUCAGAAGGUGGAGGUGAGGCAAAAAGUGGAGAAUCUCCAGACGGCGAUGCAGAACAGAAAUAAGAUUUCCACAGGUGAUGUGUGACUAAUUACUGGUUAGCAACGCUGGGUCAGUCAGCCUGUUUAACAGAAAUGAAGAUCUUGUCUUUCUGCAGAAGGAGGAAAUAGUUUUGCUGUUGUUUCCUAAAGGUUUCCAUGUUCUUCUGUUGUGUCUAAAAGAACAACUGCCUUAUUUUUCACUGUGCUGUGUUCCUUGGUCAGAGCUCAGUGCAGCAGAGCUGGCUUUAGUUUUCUGUUAGCAGCUCAGUGUCAGACACGCUGCUGCGUUUUCAUUUUAAACUGGAACUAUAUUAACCUCAGUGACGGCUCCAUGCUGUAAAAUAAACUGUAAAUAUAAAAAUAAUUAUAUCACUACGCAAUAAAAAUGAAUCACAGUGAUUAUUGUCAAAAUACUUUAUUUACAUUUUUACUUUGAAUGUUUUAUGUUAAGUCAGUAAAAAUAUGUUUUGCACAGAAAUGUGUUUAUUUUCUUAAUUAAAUAACCACUGAAUCAUUUUAUCAUGUUAAUGUUUGGCUUGUGUUAUGGGAGUUGUGUAUUAUGUAUAGAUAAUGUAGUUGCUGACUACAAACCAGCUAACCCUACUGCCAGAAAUCCACAACUAUGCUCACAAACACAUCAAACACCCAAAGAAGAGGCUGUUUUACUAAAAUAUUUUCCCUAUUCUAAAUACUAUGAUGUUUUAACAUGUUUAAGUUGUGUUAUUAUGAGUCUCCUCUUUGGCUUUUUACAAAUAAAAUAAAAGACUUUGUGAAAACUCAUUGUUUCCUUGCCUGUAACCGUUUUUGUAAGGAUUCUGUGUGAUUUUUGGUCUCAACCUUUCAGGAGUUUCACAGUAAAUUAAGAAACAUAAAUUUCCCC